AUGGCCAAGUCACACCUCGAAAUUGCAAAACAACUUAAACAUAAUUCAAUAGAAUUAAAAGAAUAUUUUGAAGAUCUCUAUUCCUGGCAAAACGAUAUUAAGAAAAAAGAAGAAAAGGAAAAGGAAGAAAUCAAACUUCAAAAAAUAUAUAAUAAUAAUAAUAAAAAAAAUAAUAAUAAUAAUAAUGAUGAGGGAUUGGAAAAAAAUACAGGAAAAUUCUACAACAAAAAUAAAGGAUUCUCAUAUCUUAAAAGAGAUUGUAAUUCGUUGGAUACAUAUUAUAAAGCAUGGGAUAAAUUAAAUAUAGAUGACAUUGAUAGGAAUGCUGAACAAAUUAAUAAAAAUUAUGAACAUGUUAAUAAAAAUUAUGAACACGUUAAUACAAACUACGAAGAUAUUCAUAAAAAUUAUGAACACGUUAAUACAAACUACGAAGAUAUUCAUAAAAAUUAUGAACACGUUAAUACAAACUACGAAGAUAUUCAUAAAAAUUAUGAACACGUUAAUACAAACUACGAAGAUAUUCAUAAAAAUUAUGAACACGUUAAUACAAACUACGAAGAUAUUCAUAAAAAUUAUGAACACGUUAAUACAAACUACGAAAAUAUUCAUAAAAAUUAUGAACACGUUCAUAAUAAUAGCCAUAAUGACAUUAUAUUUUGUGAAAAUUAUAAAAAUAAUAUACCACCAGAAAAUAUACCCAAUUCAUCACAAAAUAAUGAUAAUAAAACCGAAAAUGAAAGGUUGAAUCACAAGAGAGAACAAAAAAAUCAUGUAGACGAGAUCCAGAGGGACCUUUAUAUAGAAAAAAACAAGUCAUCUCAUGAUAUAAAUAAAUUAAAUAAUAAGGAACAGAUAAUAAAACAUGUGUGUAAAGCAUAUGAUAUAUAUUUAGCCAAAAACGAAGAAGGGAAGUUAAAUUAUCAAAAGAAGAAUUAUCAUAGGUGUUUAGAAAAUUACAAUGAUAUAAUAAAUUACAUAGAUUACGAAUUAAAAUGUGACAAUAUAUUUAUUGAAAUAGAAAAAAAUUGUAAUAAUGAAUUACAUAUAGAAGUCAUAUCAGAUAAUUAUAAUUUUGAUAAGAAAAAAGAAGAAUUAUAUAUUGUACGUACAAAAACGCUUAUAAAUCGUUCUUUGGUAUAUCAAAGAUUAUCAGCACACUUUGAAAGUAUAGAUGAUUGUUCUUCUGUAAUUUUAUUUUAUAAUUACUUUUUACCUAAUAUGAAAGAUAAUACAACAUAUAAUAUUAAGGACCUAGGUACCAUGAACAUUAAAAAUAUUAUAUUUAAGGCAUAUUAUUUAAGAGGAAUAGCAAGAUAUAAAUUAAGAAUAUAUAAAUUAUCGUUAAAAGAUUUUAAGGAAUCUAAAAUUUUAUCGAAUGAUAUGAAUUCAAGUUCAACAAUAAAUAUUGAUAACACCAUUCAUGUUAUAGAGGAAAUAAUUGAGAAAAGUAAUGUGAAAAAAUAUAUACGAAGACGAAAUGAAUAUACAACUACCCCUGUGAAUCAUCCUAGAUUAAAGCCAAGAAAGUUAACCAUUGAAAUUAUACCUGAGGAAUAUACAAAAGGAAUAACCUUUUUAGAUAAAUUAUCUGAAAAAAAUGUGCAUUCGACAAAAAAAGAAAUAAAAAUAUUUGAAGAUGAACAUAAAAGUAAUUUAUCAAAUGAUAACUAUGAAGCAAUAGAAUAUAAAAAGAAUAAUAUAUCUUCUAAAAAAGAAAUAAAAAAUAAUGAAGAUAGUGAUGAUCAAAAUGAUCAUGAUAACGAAAUAUUAGAUAGGGGUGUUAUGCAAAUAGAUAAAGAUACAUAUACAAAUGGAAUCGACAAAGGAGGCUUACAAGAAGAAAAUAAAAAAAUCAAAGACAAAAAAAAAAAAAGUAUUUUUCGAAACAAUUAUAAAGAAAUAAAUAAUAGUGUAAAAGAGAAUAAUUUUUUUAGAAGCCAAAGUAUAGAGAGUAACAAUAGUAGUAUAACAUUAAGUGAAGAGUCUUUGUAUAGUAAUAUAGAAAAUGGUAAUUGUCCACAUUUAACAAGUUUGUUAUCCCAUGAAAAAGGAUUGAUUAAUAAUAACAUUAAUAGUAAUAAUAAUUGCUGUCGUGAACAAAUAAAAAACAAAAUAAACUUUGAGCUUUUAUGGAAUUCAAAUAAGAUAAGAACAAGUUUUAAGAACCAAAUAGAUAUUUUAAAAACUGCGUUUUUGGAAGAAGGAAUAUUUAAUUUUCAUUUAGACAAAGAUAUGUACGUUGAUAUAUUAGAUGCUUUAUUUAAAAAUAAAUUUCUCGAGAUUUUUCAAAAUAUACAAGAUGAAGAAAGAAUAAAACAUAUAUUAGCAAUAAAUAAUGAUAAUAACAUAAACAAUUAUAAUAAGAAAGAAAAUAACCAAUUUAUAAAUUAUAACGAUUGUAUAAUAUUAAUAGAUAUAUUAUAUCACUUAACCAAUUUUGGGAAGGAUAAUUAUAUCUUUCUUUUCAUUGAUAAGGGAGAAAGGACCAUUUUAUUAAAUUUCUUGACUUUCUCUAUAAAAAAUAUAAAUACUUUUAUAGGUGCUGAAAAAUGCAUAAAGGAGAACAUGUUGUUAUUGAAAAGUUUGCUUGAAAUGUUGAUUUAA